AGCACUAGCCCAUUCUUUAGAUAAAAUGAGAAACGCUUUGGAGGUGAUUUCUCUUCGUGAUUUGGGUUCUCUUCUUCACCCUUCAAAGCCCUAACCCUAACCCUAAAACCUCCAAUCGAUGUACGCCGGAAGAGCCAGAGCUGCUCCUCUCUACUUCAACCAUCUUUUCAACGUCCGCACAAUAAAACCCCCUCAAUUUCCACCUACACUUUCUGGUUGUGUUAGAAAUCUCGAGACCGCCGCGGAAAGAUCGGAUUCUUACGAGGAAAGCAGUACAUACAACCCAAAUGAUAGGCACCCUUACGGUUGGAAUUCGAAUUCGAGUGGGGGUUACGGCCAGCACGCGAAUUCGGACUCUUUUGAUGGCGGUACUGGGGUUAGGGCUGGGAAUCCAUUGAAUUUUUAUUCCGGUAAUCACAACGCUCCGUUUGUUGGCAGCAACUUGGGCGGGGGACCUGAGAGAUACCGAAAUGGAGAAAAAACGCCUAAUGUUACAGCUCAUCAUUUCCCGGUGUUAAGUGAUGUUGAAGCUAGUCAAACAAGAAGCGAAUUGCAGGAGUUACAUGAGCUAAUUGCAGUGGGGAAAUUGAAGGAAGCGGUGAAACAUUUGGAGUGGCUCCGCAGUGAGGGUAUCGAGAUCGAUCUGUCUCAGUAUGUGGCAUUGAUGAAGUCCUGCGGAGAGAAGUGGGCAUUGGAUGAAGCCAAAGCAGUCCACGAGCACCUUUCAAGGUCGGGGUUGCGUCUUGAAGUCUGGACGAAUAACCGGAUUCUAGAGAUGUAUUCAAAAUGUGGUUCAAUGGAGGAUGCUCUUGUAGUAUUUAAUCAAAUGCCGAAGCGGAAUCUGACGUCGUGGGAUGUUAUGAUAUGUGGGCUUGCCGAGAAUGGUUGUGGGGAAGCUGCUAUCGAAUUAUUUACAGAGUUUAAAAGAACAUCUGGAUUGGAGCCGGAUGGACGGAUGUUUAUCGGGGUGUUUUCUGCCUGCGCGGUCGUGUGUGAUGUUGUUGAAGGGAUGCUACACUUUGAGUCCAUGAAGAACGAUUACGGCAUCGUUCCAACUAUGGAGCACUAUGUUAGUAUAGUAGGCAUGAUGGGAAGUGUUGGAUGUCUGGACGAGGCUUUAGAGUUCGUUGAAAAGAUGCCGGUGGAACCUGGCGUAGAGAUUUGGGAAACCUUGAUGAAGUUUUGUAGAAUUCAUGGAAAAACAGAGCUUGGGGACCGAUGUUUGGAGCUCAUCGAGUGUUUGGAUGCCUCACAUGUUGAUGAGCAGUCGAGGGCCGGCCUCAUAGCAGUAAAUCCCUCUGAUAUUGCACGGGAGAAAGAAAAGAAGUUAAGCGGCGACAAUGGCGGGCGCGCAAUGAGGGGUGUCCAUGAGUACCGAGCAGGGGACCGAAGCCACUCGAAUUCCGAAAGGAUAUACGAAUUGCUUUGGGGAUUGAAGCAGCAGUUGAAAGAGGUGGGUUAUGUACCCCAGACCAAAUUUGUUCUCCAUGACAUCGAUGAAGAGAUGAAAGAAGAAGCGAUUAUGAGUCAUAGUGAGAGGCUCGCGGCUGCUCAUGUUUUCUUGACCACUGCAGCUCGGAACCCUAUGCGCAUAAUCAAGAACCUCCGUGUUUGCAAUGAUUGCCACAAUGUAUUUAAGCUCAUCUCAAAGCUAACCGGCCGAGAAAUUAUAAUGCGAGAUAACAAGAGAUACCACCAUUUUAGAGAAGGUUCGUGUAGCUGUAAUGAUUAUUGGUAACAUGGAUAUGUCGAGGUACUUGAUGAUUCUUUUCUCCUUUAAUAUAUAGAUAGAUAUGAAUGAUGUCAUGAAUUUUACCAUAUGAUUGGGCGAUCUCUUUAGUUCCCCUGUUUUGGUAAGGUUGAAGCAUUAUUAUAGGAUUGGUGAAUUGGUUUAGUUUCUUAGAGCACAUGCUUGUUGAGCUAAUUGAAUAUCAACUUUUGAAGGCAACAUUGUUACAUGAUGUUUACAAUUUUCUUCAAACGAAUUUUGUUGUGGAGAAUAUUGCAUAGCGUGCAUGAUUGAGAGUAAAUUGAUAGUAGGCUGAUGCUGUUGUUGGUUGGUUAAAUACGGUACAAUUUGUAGAUCAAUGGGCUUCGAUUAUCAAGGAUUACGUUUCUUGCUUUA